GGGAUAAGUUUGUUACUGAUCCGCAACAAGCAACUUUUCAACAUGUUCAAAUACUUGGUAUUCUUCGCCCUCUUGGCUGUCGCUUUCGCCGUCGCCUCCGCCAACCCCGACCCAGCUGCUCGUCCAAACCCUCAAGUACUCACCUAUGGAGCUCUACCCUACGCUAGCUACCCUUACGGAUAUUCUAGCUACUAUGGAAGAAUUGUGGGUUGAGGUGUGGACAGGAAAUGCAAGUUCGUCUCUAAUGGUGUAUAAAAAUGUUUACGUUUAAAAACUUUCCUUGUAAUGUAUAAAAAUAAAUAAAAAUAGGCUAUCUAAUAUUGA